CCUCGUCCCUUCUGAUCGAACAUGGCAAUGGACACAACCACUCGUUUCGCCUGUCCUUCCAUAUUAACACUGCCAUCUCCGGCCCCCAACGGCUAUUGCUAAUGCCAACACUCAAUUGAUGCCUAUGUCGGAGCCCUGCCUCUAGCACAGUCGAUCGAACAACGCCUACGAGGCUAGUCCCCCGGUGAAAGUUGGUUCCUGGGGCUAUAAAGUGGAUGGGACAGUCUCCGUAUCCUUGGCUCAAGUCGACAUGCCAUCAUCAGGCGUCCAAAAUUCAAUGAUUGUCUAUGCUAUCCUGUUGAUAGUGUCGCCACCGGAGCGCCGCAUAGAACCAAAUCGGGACUAGCUUCAAAUGCCAUGUCGGCUCUCUCGGUUGGACAAGACAUUUGCUCCUCCAAACUCCUUGUCCAAUGCAACUCUUCAGCCUAGCUAGUGCAGUCGAUCCUGCGGCUUGGAGCUGGCUGAUGCUCUCUCUGACGUUGACAACGAUGGCUCUGAAGGAUAUAGCCAAGGACAUCUGCCUGGACUGUGCUUGCAGCUCGAGGUGUAUAUAUACCACAUCCUCAGCCAUGGUCCUCAAACAUGAACAUGUCCACAAGUAUUCCAACAGAGUCAUACAAGAAUGCAGUUCACUCUGAAAAGUCUCCUUCUCGUCUCAGCCUCGGCCCCGGUCGUUCUUUGCGACUUCCUGGGUCCAACCUAUCCAGCUCCAACGGAUCUUGCGAGCAACGGCAGCCACGUCUCCACUGCCUGGAGGAAUCUCAGUUCGACUCUCAAUGGAUUCAUCAGUGAACCAAGCACCAAUUUGUCGACCCCUUCUGGCCUGAAGAACCUCACAUUUUCCGUGGGAAUGUUCUCAAUCCACGACGCCUCUGCUGCCGGGGCGUUGCAGUUCCACCACACAUCCAGCGAGAUUGCCCAUUCGUCUACCGGCUUGAAGAAGGUGGACGGAAACAGCAUAUACCGCGUUGCUAGCAUGUCCAAACUUUUCACGACCUUUGCGGGUAUGCUGAAUCUCAAAGACGGUGAUUGGGAUCGUCCUAUCACCGACUUUGUUCCAACCCUUGCGGCAUAUGCGGCUGCACACCCGGCAGAGAAUGAUAUGGUGGAUACUGUUGACUGGAACAAGGUCACACUUGCUGCCCUCGCUAGCCAGAUAGCAGGCAAUCCGAGAGAUAUCUCACCCUACGACCCGGGCGACUACCUCUUGCUGGACACCACCAAUGAGCUGGUGAAUACCUUCGGAUUGCCACCUCUGAAUGUGAGCGAUCCACUAGCGGCCCCUCCAUGUUUGGUCGCUAUGCUAUCAGGAAAUCUGUCCUGUCCCAGCAACGAAUACGCAAUUGGUGCCGAAGCUCGACCACCGCUAUUCCAGCCCUGGACAAGCCCAGCAUAUACAGACUACGGGUUUAUGUUGCUUGGGACCGCGAUAGCGAACAUUACUGGCACCUCCAUUCACGAUGUCUAUCGCCAAAGUAUCUUUAGUCCACUAGGAAUGACUUCCUCAUUCUCCAACGUCCCCAAUGCAUCCCAAUACGGCCAAUACGUCAUUCCUGGCAAUGCCAGCUCUGCAGCAUUGACACCGGCCGGCGCUCCCGAGGUGACCAUCCCUUCAGGUGGCAUUUUCUCGACGACAAACGAUCUUGCCAAAUUCGGGACGGCUCUUCUCAACGGGACGCUCCUUGACCCUGAUCUGACACGCAAGUGGAUGAAGCCAGUCUCUCACACUGCCAUGUUCGAGUAUUCGGUGGGAAGACCAUGGGAAAUAUACCGUUACACGCAUCCCGACUCCGGACUCAUCACCGACAUCUACACCAAACUGGGCGACUCUGGCUACUACGGCGGCUACAUGGUCCUGAUCCCAGAUUUUGAUGCAGGCUUCAGCAUCAUUGGUGCAAGUUCUCUGUCAGAGCGAUCUACAUUGACUGCUUUGCUGGCGGACAUUGUCACUGAAAAGAUGUUACCCGCAUUGACUGCUCAGGCGCAAGCUGAGGCGCGGAACAGUUUUGUGGGCACGUAUAGCUCAGAAGACGAGAGCCUCAACAGCACGUUGACUUUGGCGAUCAAUCCACAAGGGAAACCCGGCUUGGUGAUCAGUAGUUUCGUCAGCAACGGCACCGAUGUCCUGCGCAGCGGAUUAAUUGGCAAGAGUCCGGUUCGACUCUUACACUCGAUAUCUGAUCGUCCGAAUGGACGAAUGGCAUUCAGGACCUCUUCUUUCCGAGUUACUUCAGGCGGAUUGUUCUCCCAACAGUAUAACGCUAACUUGGACUGGCUGGCCGGUGACUCGCCCACAUAUGGCGGCGUUGGCUUAGGACUUUUCGAGUUUGACCUGGAUACUAACGGCAGCGCGGUAGCUGUCAGCCCUGCUGCUUGGAGGGCGAGGCUCGUCAAGACUUCCUGAGCCCGCGCUGGGCAGAGGAUCGGAGUCUUUCG